AUUGUUCCUGUUUAUAUUUAUUAGAUACAUUUCAUAUCGGUAUUUAUUUCACUUUCAUUAAAACGAAAGAUCACAAAAGCCUUAAAAAGACGGGGCACGUUUGUCAAAGCGGAACAUAUGAUUUUGUGCUAUUGCUUUUCUUCUCCUAACCGGAGUUCUAUUGAUGUAUGACGGAGGAGAAGGCAAGAUGGCGGUCGCCGUGGUACAGAUGGCCUGUCUGUAUCGGGGGAUGCUGGCUGUCAGAAACACGGGAAUCAGACCGCUUAUCCCAGGGUUUUCCCCGUUGCAGUUGCGAGCCUUUUCGGUCCGUAAGGAGCCGGAACUGGAGGAAAACCCUUUCUAUAGCAAAUACCAGGACAAAAUUCAACAGCUGCGCAAAGCCAAACCUGAAGAAUACAAAUCCCGUCUGGAGAAGAGGGCGGAGGGGGAAAAGCUGCCUGUUGGUCAUUGCAAACAGGCUGAGUUCAUCAAACUGAUAGAAGCUGAGUUAGAGAAGCGAAGCAAAGGGGCUCCUGGGAGUGACGGUUUCACCAAGGAUAAGACUUUGGACUCUAUCCUCAAUAUUGACAUGGUCAAAGAGAAGACUGGUGAAGAGAUUGCCCAGAUAUGGAAAGAAUAUUUUGCAACUAAAAAAACAAUUUGUGCGGUAAUUCCUGGGGGAAUAUUUGAAACAAUAUUCAGAAGAGCAAAGAAAUGCCCUUCAUUUCUGUAUGCAUUGCCACAGAAGGAAGGCUACGAAUUCUUCCUUGGCCAGUGGUCUGGCUUGGAGCUACAUUUCACUUCCUUGAUAAAUGUACAGACCCUAGGGGAGAAUGCUCCCAGCCAGCUCAUCCUUUACCAUUACCCAGAGUUUGAGAAAGAAAAGGGCAUUGUCCUUAUGACAGCAGAGAUGGACCCUAAGUGCAUGGGUGUUCACCAGGCUCAGUGCUUAGCCAAUCAGGUGCAGCUGUUCUAUGGUGCAAAGCGCAAGGAAACCUUCCAACUGGUCGACACGUUCAACCACAGACCUGCAGAAUUCAAGCACAUGUCGGUGAUAGCUGAGCUGGAGCAGAGUGGGAUUGGGCCAGGGGCUGUUGUGCCAUAGUGUCAUUGUGGGAGUUGAACCUGAGUGCGGGAUGCUGAAGUGUAAUGUACUUUUUUUGAAACUGGUAAGAAUUAACGACCAGAAUAUAGUGUCCUCAAUGGCUUGAAAAAGAAAAUUCUUUGGAGAGACUUUCACAACUGUAAAUACUGUAAAUGGGAGAAAUCUCCAUUUCCCUUGAAGAAGAAAAUAGAAAAUAGAUACUAGAAAAAGCCUUAAACACACACUGAAUGAAUUAAAAUUAGGUUCAAUUAAAUUAUGUUCCUGAAAUCAGCUCAUAGCUUGUUAUAAAGUUAAUGAAUUAAAAAAUAUUUAAUAAUAAUAGUGCUUUCCUAGCAUCAUUUUUCUUCAUGAUAUAAAGUUCGAUCUGGAAACAAAUUAACAGGCAGUGUGUGCAAAAAGUUCACUAGCAAUAACAACACCCAAGGUCUAAUUGUAUUGAAAGGUUUAUAGAAUGUUUUAGUCCAAAUAAAUCUGGCUUGUUUGAGAGCCAACCUCUUAGUUGUAGGAUGAGGAGGCUAGACCUUCAUGUGGAGUGAAUAGUGACAAGGGAAAGCUGCAAAAGUAGAGAUGGAGUGGGGGUAAGAUGCAAAAGACAUGUGAGGGAGGGAAGGGGAUUUCACAUAGUAUUUAGUUUUAAUUAAUGUGAGGAAAUUACGUUGGAAAUGAUCACAGUCACUGACUGAUGUGGUUAAUUGUCAUACCUCCUGAACAUUUGUUAUAAACUCAUCUGACUUAUAAGUAAAGUUUUGUUUUACUAGAUUAAU